UGUAUACUCGUAUAUGUAUGUGUGAGACUAUUUUACUCAACUUUGGAAUGUGGAAACAUUAUCGUGGCGGAGUAUUUUAGAUAGGACUUCGUCACAUCAAAUCAUUCCCUGUGAUGUCUGUCGAAAAGGUAUCGGAAGAAAACAGUAAUAUCGAAGGUUCCCGGGAUGCUCUUGAACAUUACAAAGAGUCCGUCCCAGGUCUACAUCACGUCAAAUCACUGCCACUCAUCCCUGUCGUGAAAGAGGAUAACAUCAGAAAUCUUCAGGAUAUGGAAAUACGAGAUGACGAUGUCUUAGUAGCAGGUUAUCCUAAAUCAGGUACCCAUUGGCUAGAGGAGAUCCUGUCGCUGUUAUUUGGUCAACAAAAUGGCAAGAAACUCCGAAUGCAUAGCAUAGACUUCGUUCCGAGUCUAACAACAAAGGAAAACGACGACCUACUGCCUAUGAUAAGUAACCUACCAUCACCCAGAGUAUUAGCUACCCACUUACCAUAUGAGUACAUGCCCCCUGGGGUCAAGGCCGGUAAAUGUAAAACCAUAUGCAUUGUGAGGAAUCCAAAAGAUGUCGCUGUCAGUUAUUUCCACUACCACAAGAAUACAAACGCACUUGGACUUUACGAUGGGUCUUGGGAGCAAUUCUUAGAAGUUUUCCACAAAGGAGAAGUUGUCCUCGGAGAUUGGUAUGAACACGUCUUAAGCUGGUGGCUCCACGCCAAGGACUCCAACAUACACUUCUGUUGUUUUGAAGACAUGAAGAAGCAUCCACAAAAGGAAAUAGAGCGUCUCGCUGCAUUCCUUGACAAACCUGUUUCGGAGGAAAUCACAAAGGGUAUUGCAAAGGCCACGAACUUCGACAAGAUGCGCCGUACGGCCAAGAACAACCAGGGUGUCUGCAUAUUUGACCAAUCAAUACCAAAGUUUAUGAGAAAGGGAAAGGUUGGCGAUUGGAAAAACUACUUCACCGUCUCGCAAAAUGAAAAAUUCGACAAGCACCACAGCAACAAGAUCGGAGACAUUGGUAUACAUAUACCAUUUGAAAUAAACCAUUAGGCGUUCCGUUUAAAAAGGUGAAAUAAAAGCUUAUGGACUAUACGCAGGGAUUGUGUGCUUGAGGGUAAAACGUCUUAUCCCCUCUGGAACAUAGCAGGCCCGUAGCCAGAGUGGGAGCUGGUCAGAAAUUCUUUCAAAAUCAUGCAGUUUUUCACCAUUCUGAGAAUUUUUCGCAUGAUUUUUAGCCAAAAUUAUGAAAAAGCCCCCCCC